AUGGCCGGAAAUAGUCAACCAUCAGCACCAGCAACCAAUCCAUCCUCCUCCCACAACGUCGUCGGCGUUCAUUACCGAGUCGGCCGAAAGAUUGGCGAAGGCAGCUUUGGAAUUAUUUAUGAAGGCACAAACCUCCUCAAUAACCAACAGGUGGCUAUUAAAUUUGAACCUAGAAAAAGCGAUGCCCCUCAACUACGCGAUGAGUACCGUACCUACAAGAUCAUGGCUGGCACUCCUGGAAUACCAACAGCCUAUUACUUUGGCCAGGAAGGCCUUCACAACAUUCUUGUCAUCGAUUUGCUUGGCCCCAGUCUGGAAGAUAUGUUCGAUGUCUGUGGUCGCAAAUUCACUCCAAAGACUGUCGCUAUGCUCGCUCAACAGAUGGCAAGUCCUUUUUUUUGCUUGAUUUUAAACCGUGUCGAAUCUAUUCACGAAAAGAACUUAAUUUACCGCGAUAUUAAGCCUGACAAUUUCUUGAUCGGAAAGCCUGGGACAGAAUCGGCCAACGAAGUUUUUAUUGUGGACUUUGGCAUGGCCAAACUCUAUAGAGAUCCUAGAACGAAGCAACAUAUUCCCUAUCGUGAGCGCAAAAGUCUGUCCGGAACCGCGCGUUACAUGAGUAUCAACACCCAUUUGGGAAGAGAGCAAUCACGCCGUGAUGACCUCGAGGCACUCGGCCAUGUGUUUAUGUACUUCUUGCGUGGUUCAUUACCUUGGCAGGGGUUAAGAGCAGCUACUAACAAGCAGAAAUACGAGAAGAUCGGCGAAAAGAAACAGAGCACAGUAAUCAGAGAUCUCUGUGAAGGGUAUCCAGAGGAGUUCGGAAUCUAUCUCCAAUACGUCCGCAAACUUGGUUUCGACGAAGCUCCUGAUUAUGAAUUUUUGCGUGAAUUGUUUUCAAAGGUUAUCAAAAAAUCUGGCGAAGUCGAAGACGGUGUAUACGAUUGGAUGACGCUCAACAAUGGCAAAGGCUGGGAGACAUUAUCCAAACGCCAAGCUAGUCGCCAGGGUCUUCCUACACCCGCCAAAAAGGUAAUUGAAAACAACAAGCGCCAAUUGAACGGUACCCAGGGCACACCAGCAAUGGUUUCUGCUCAAGAAACACCAGCAAUAUCCCAACCCGUCAACCAGGAUGCUUCCGAACCUCGUCGUAAACAAGGCCUCUUAUCCAAACUGACGUGCGGUUUGUGCAAUUAA